GGUGCAGGCGGGGCCCGGAUCGACUCGCUCGGGCGAGCCACUGCCCCGCCUGGACGCCUGGACGCCGCCGCCGCCGCUGCCACAUCCCGCGUGACGUCACGGCCGCCAUGUUGUUGUCGGGCCGCUGAGCCGCGGCUCCUCGAGUCUCCUCCACCGCCCGCGCCGUCCACCUCCUCGUCCACACCUCCUCGUCAACACCUCCUCGUCCACCACCACCGCCGCCGCCCUCCAUCGUAUCGCCUCAUUCUCUCUCUCUCUCUCCGUCCCAUCUCGUCGCGGCCAUGACGACCACGCUCACACAGCGCAGCUCGGGGCUCGUGCAGAGGCGCUCGGCGGCCACGGCGUCGUCGGCGGGCGGCGAGUCGGGCGAGGAGGGCCCCGAGGAGCUCGCGGGGGGAGGCGCCGAGCUCGGCGGCGGCGGCACCGGGGCGCGCGACGCCGACGACAAGGGCGACAGCAAAGAGACGCGCCUCACGCUCAUGGAGGAGGUGCUGCUGCUGGGCCUCAAGGAUCGCGAGGGCUACACGUCGUUCUGGAACGACUGCAUCUCGUCGGGACUGCGUGGCUGCAUGCUGGUGGAGCUGGCGCUGCGGGGCCGCAUCACGCUGGAGCCUUGCGGCAUGCGACGCAAGAGCCUCCUGUCGCGCAAGGUGAUGUGCAAGUCGGACGCCCCAACAGGCGAUGUGCUGCUGGACGAGGCCCUGAAACACAUCAAGGAGACGACGCCGCAGGAGACCGUGCAGACCUGGGUCGAGCUGCUGAGUGGCGAGACGUGGAACCCGCUCAAGCUGCACUACCAGCUGCGGAACGUGCGCGAACGCCUCGCCAAGAGCCUGGUGGAAAAGGGGGUCCUCACGACGGAGAAGCAGAACUUCCUGCUCUUCGACAUGACCACCCACCCGCUCACCAACAACAACAUCAAGCAGCGCCUCGUGCGCAAGGUGCAGGAGUCGGUGCUCGACCGGUGGAGCAACGACGCGGCGCGCCUCGAGCGCCGCACGCUGGCGCUCGUGCUGCUGGCGCACGCCAGCGACGUGCUCGAGAACGCGUUUGCGCCGCUGGCGGACGAGCAGUACGAGACGGCCACCAAGCGCGUGCGCUCCCUGCUCGAGCUCGAGCCCGAGGUCGAGAGCGCCAAGCCCGGGGCCAGCGAAGUGCUCUGGGCCGUCGUGGCCGCCUUCACCAAGUAGCGGCCGCGGCGGCGCCGCGACCAGGGGGCGGUCGCGCGGAGGCGGUCGCGGCGUCGGGAGGGCGGGGGCGGCGGCGGGGAUGACGGUGACGCCACCCUCCCCCCCCCCCACUCCCCUUCCCUCCGCGCCCCCACGCCGCGCGGACGUCGUCCCCGCGAGGACUUGCGGCGAACGCCGUGCGCUCGGGGCGCCGCUCCCCCCGGCCGCGGGCGCCGCCGCCGUCUCCGUUCCCGACGUCUCUGGGCGUCCCGAGUUGGCGAUGGCGUUGCACGACGCGGGGGAGGUGCCUCUGGGGCCCGGGGAGAGGGGCGGUGAAGUGUGGGUCGCCUCGCUCGUUCGCAGAGCCGAGUGCGUCCGUAGCGAGCGAGGGAUUUUUUGUUUUGUUUCAUUCUUCCGAGACGGUGGGGGGCACGGGGCCUCCGCUCCGCCACCAGCUCGCCCCUCCGGCGCGGCGGAGGUCGUGCCCGGCAGCAGGAGAAGCUUGAGGUUUUUAUGCAAAAUCGGAGCAGUGCCUCGUUGCCAGCGACUGAGAUCGGGUGCCCGGUCACGACGGGGGGUGGGAAGGGGAUUGGAGGGGAGGCGCCGGCGGCGCUGGGAGGGUUGCGUCGUGGCUGCCUCGGCGAGUUUCCGUGCAGCAGAGGGAAUCCUGUAAAUUUCCAAAUGGAGCUCCAGCGGUGUGGAGGCCCGAGGGACGGGUGGACACAGCGACGGACGUCACCACCCCCCCCCCUCACUCUGCACCGCCACCCCCGCCUGGUGCUCUGCGGACUCGGAAAAGACUGUGCGCACAGCGGCCAUGGACGGCGCUUGCGUAGAAGAAGAAGGAGAACCAUGCGCCUGCUGCAAGCGUGGGGGAGCGAGCGAGCGUGCGAGUGUGGAGGAGCGAGCGAGCGACGAGGGAGUGCGGCAGAGUGGGCGUGUGGGCUGAGGCGCUGGCGGUCGUGGUGCUCGUGUCGUCUGGACCAUGAGGAAAGCCGCGGUUUUAUGCUGAGUGCCGUCUCAUCAACCCCCCCCCCCCCCACCACCUCUUGACUGUGUGCCCCCACUUCUGCUGUCCCAAGGCGACCGGGCUCCCCUCGGUCUUAAUAACCUCACUUAGUUCGGUCAUUCGGAGGCCGUGGAUUUAUCGGUGAGCGCCCUCGCCGUGCCCGAGUGACUCGCAACUCGACCGCACCCGUAAGAGGGAACUCGCCAGGGUUUAACUCGCUCCCUCGAUGCUUCUAAAUCAAUGCGAUGUCACAUCGCGUGGACCAACAAACGUCACGGAUUAUUCAUCGAUGUUUGCCCUAUUUGUUGCUGUUUGGAACGCCCCAGCCCCGAUUAGCCCGUUGCCACCCCUGGCGCAGCAGCGAGCAGUCGAGUCCUGCCCAGGUUGAGGGUCGGGGAGCGAAGCGGCUAGGGAGGAGGGGGACCCAGCAGCAGCCAUCAUUCACUCCGCGUUUGUGGGAGCUGGGAUUCUCGUGCUGUUAGAUUGGUUAAUUGCUGUAUUUGUAAUUAGUGGCCAUGAGCAACGAUCCCGCUCCCCCCGGCUUCACGUUAACGGGCCGGACUUCUGUCCCCCGCCAAGGCCCCCUUGCUGCUCCCCUUUGCGCUCCGCCCCUCCCUCCUCCGCUGUAAGAGGCUCGAGCGGGAGAGCGUGCGGAUGUGUGCGCGUGUGUACAGGCUCGGUUAUUCUCCCCUCUGUCCGCGUUGCUGGGCGUCGGCUUGAUUUUUAAGGUGCGGUCGUGGUACUCGGGUUCAUUUCGCCGACGUCUCGUCGGCAGCCGCGGCGUGGGGUCACGGCCGGGGGGUUGGGGUCACGGCCGGGGGGUUGGGGUCACGGCCGGGGGGUUGGGGUCACGGCCGGGGGGUUGGGGUCACCGUGGCCCCCCCGCGGUGGAGCGCCGUCAACUGAUUUGGGUUUUGUUGGGAGUCCUGUGUUCUCUAAUCCUUCCGAACUGCAUCUCUUUCUCGUGUAUCAGCCAAUCUUACUACAAUAAUAAUUAUGAUGAUGAUGAUGAUAAUAAUAAUAAAGCUUUCCUCGGUA